AUGAAGUUCACCCUCGCAAUCCUUACCACGCUGGUUGCUGCCGCCGCAGCCAGACAGUCCAAGCCCUUCCACCUGAAGGCCGUGUCUGACAACAGCACUGUGGACGGCACCUACUUCUUUGCAUGCCAUGAGGGCGCAGCAAUCGAGGGACUAUGUAUCGGCAGUAAGAAGCUUGCACAGGCCGACAACUUCCGUCUGAACAACACGAGGUCCCAGCCGAACGUUGGUUCUCUGGCAUGGCUGCUGAAGGGUGGCAACUUUAAAGUGUCCGAGACGAUGACCUUGUACACUGACCCAUCCACGAACGUCGCCCUCCCCCUCUUCGAGCCCGGCUACGACUCUGCUUACGUCGGCUUCGAUUCGGAUGACAAGAUGUACAUCCGUGUGUACCUCGACGACACCAAGAACCCACCGAACAGCGUGAACGGCAAGAAGCUAUACCGCUGGCUCACGUGUACGACGUACUACACCGGCUACACUUAUCAAACACUGGCGUGGCAGCUUGGCGAGGCGGAGGCGCAGAAUCCAACGUGUGAGCCGGUGACGGUGAAGCGGGUGUUUGUGAAUGAUGACUGA